AUGAAAGUCUUUUACCGCACCAGCGUGCUUGCGGCUGCUUUGUUAUGGCUGACAGCCUGCUCAGAAUCCGCAACCACUGAAACACCAGCAGCGACCGAAACACCAACCGCAGAGGCGGUCUCUGCAACGGGUAACAUCGUUGCCAGCCGCAGUGCUGAAAUACAGCAGGCUACGGCCAGCAUUGAUGAAGCACGGAUCGUCAAAGCAGAUGCCGCCAACUGGCUAUCUACCGGUCGAACCUAUGACGAGCAGCGCCACAGCCCGUUGUCGCAGAUUAAUAAGGAAACCGUCGACGACCUUGGUCUCGCCUGGUUCUGGGAUACCGGCACAAAAAGAGGCCUGGAGGCCACGCCCAUUGUCGUAGACGGGGUAAUGUUCACCAGCGGCACCUGGUCAGUUGUCUGGGCACAUGAUGCCAAAACCGGCGAAUUACUCUGGGAAUACGACCCGGAAGUACCUAAAGCCUGGGCUAGAUAUGCCUGUUGUGACGUUGUUAAUCGCGGUGUUGCAGCCUGGAAAGGCAAGAUCUACGUGGGCACCCUCGAUGGGCGCCUGGUAGCACUGGAUGCUGGCACCGGCGUGCCUGUCUGGGACGUUAAAACUAUUCUCCCAAAUCGGCCUUACACCAUUACCGGUACACCACGCAUAGUCAAAGAUAAGGUCAUCAUUGGUAAUGGCGGCGCUGAAUACGGCGUACGGGGCUAUGUUACCGCCUAUGACGCAGAAACCGGCGAACAGGACUGGCGCUUCUAUACCGUACCCGGCAACCCGGAAGACGGCUUUGAAACCGAAGAUAUGGAAAUGGCUGCCGCCACCUGGCGCGGUGGUAAAUGGUGGGAAGUUGGUGGUGGCGGCACCGCCUGGGAUGCCAUGGCUUACGAUCCGGAGUUGAACCUCCUCUACAUCGGCACCGGCAACGGCGCGCCCUGGAACCGUUACAUCCGCAGCCCCGGCGGCGGCGACAACCUGUUCAUCUCGUCUAUUGUUGCCCUUAACCCGGACACCGGUCUGCGUGAAUGGCACUACCAGACAACCCCGGGAGACACCUGGGAUUACACGGCAACACAGCACAUGAUCCUGGCGGACAUCGAGAUCCAGGGUGAAGCGCGUAAAGUCAUCAUGCAGGCGCCUAAAAACGGCUUCUUUUAUGUUCUGGACAGAACCAACGGUGAGUUUAUCUCCGCUGAAGCCUACGUACCGAUUACCUGGGCUACCCAUGUCGACCAGGAAACCGGGCGUCCGGUGGAAAAUCCCGAAGCGCACUAUGCAAACGAAAAGAAACGUAUUCAGCCUGGACCCUUGGGCGGCCACAACUGGCAUCCAAUGACCUACCAUCCAGGCACAGGGCUGGUCUACAUCCCCGCCCUGGAUCUGCGCUUCGAUUACGCACAGGACAAUGCCUUCCGUCAUUCACCCGAAGACUGGAACCUGGGUAUCGACUUUCGUGAACAGGCACCGCCACCCAGCGCUGAGGAAAACAUCGACAAUCUGCAAUCGAUCAAAGGCUUCCUGGCUGCAUGGGACCCGGUCACACAGCGUGAAGUAUGGCGCGUACAACAUGCAACCGCAUGGAAUGGUGGUCUUCUGUCGACGGCAGGUGAUCUGAUUUUCCAGGGUCGGGCAGACGGUCAGUUUGCCGCUUACACCGCUGAUACCGGUGAGCUGGUAUGGGAAAGCCCCGUACACGUGGGCAUCAUCGCUGCACCGGUGAGUUACAGCAUCGACGGAGAGCAGUACAUUACCGUGGUUGCGGGCUGGGGUGGCGCUUACGGGCUGGCUUCAGGUGCACCUCGCCAUCGCAACAACGUACUCAGCGAAGGUCGUAUUCUGACUUACAAGCUGGGUGGCAAAGCUGAAUUACCCACACCGGAAGUCACCUACCUCGCGGUACCCACGCCUCCGGCAAUGGAUUACACAGCAGAGCAACAGCAACAUGGACAGGACCUGUUCCACCAGUACUGUGCCGUUUGCCAUGGUCCAGGUGUUGGCACUGCAGGACCGGUUGCUAACCUCAUGUAUGCCGGGCAGGAGACUCACAGCAUUUGGGAUGCCAUUGUAGUUGGCGGCGCUUAUGCCGAAAAAGGCAUGCCCAGCUUCAAUCACGCACUCACCGCUUCCGAUGCACAGGACAUUCGCGCGUACGUCAUUGAACGUGCAAAAGCGGUGAUCGCAUUCUGUGAAUCGUCGUUCCGGGAAGAGUAUCCCGAGUUAUUAGAUACGGCUUGUGAAAUACCCCAGGUUGGGGACGCGGGCGCUAUCGCAGGUGGUGGUCAAUAG